UUAAAGCCAAACAAUAUUGGCUGUUCAGCCGUACCUAAUAAACAGGUUUGUCAAAUGGUUGAUUGGUUUAACUUAUAAGCAAAACUAUAUGAAUGACAUAUAUCUUAGUAAAUAAAAAUUAUAUUUGAAGUUGUUAUUUUUUUGACCUUGGAUUCAUGGAUUUUUUUUUUAGUUCUAAUAUUUAGUUAUAUUUUUAAAGAUGUCACAGCUGCUUCCAAUAAUGAAACAGUUUCUUAAAAAGUUUACAAGUGUAAAUAAUUUUGACAGACUUGCUGCACCUGUGGAACUUAUUGCUGUGAACUUGGAUGGUAAAUUGAAAUUUCAAUGGACAGUUGAUGAAACACAAGUUAAUUCUUAUGGUACAUUGCAUGGUGGGUAUACAUCUUUUUUGGCUGACUACACAACUUCAAUAGCAUUAGCUGCUAUAAACAAUAAAAAUGCUGGCGUUAGUGUUGAUCUAAGUGUAACAUAUCUAAAUCCAGCUAAAGUUGGGGAAAUAGUUUUCAUUGAAACCGAAUGUAAAAAGUUAGGAAAAAGAUUAGCUUUUUUAGAAUUUCAAUUGAAAAAUAGUGAUGGAAAAUUGCUUGCUACAGCAAAACAUACGAAGUUUAUUGGAAAUGAGACUAAUUUGAAAGAUUAACCAAGUCUGUAUGCCAACUUUUGUUCAUUGUAACACCUGUGUUACAAUGAACAAAAGCAUCUGUGGCCAACCAUAUAAAUAUUAUGUAGCAAAAUUAUAUUGUAAUUUUAGGAUUAUAAGCGUUGUCAUUGUGACAAUUUAUUUAUAUAUUUCUCUCUUAAUUUUAUGUUCACUAUUCUAUUAUAAUAAAUUUUAUAAAGUUU